AUGGGUGGGUCGAUGUCAAGAAUAGUUCCUGGUUUAUACAUCGGGGGAGUUGCUAGCGCUCAAUCAAAAAGUCAACUAGAAGAAAACGGCAUUACUCAUGUGUGUAGCGUUCUCCAUUACAAUUUUAAGUGUCCUACUAGAAAGCAAUUGUUGCUUCAAGCUGAUGACGACUCAAAAGAAAAUAUUGCUAAAUAUUUUAGAGAUGCAUCCUUUUUCAUUCACGAGGCAAGGGUAUAUAAUGGUGCCGUGCUUGUGCAUUGCGCUUGUGGCGUCUCCCGUAGCGUAACGAUAACUUUGGCCUAUCUUAUGACGAUAACAAAUAUGCCUCUACCAAAGCUGGUUAGAGCGGUUGUUGGUGCAAGACCAUGCGCAUGCCCGAAUAGUGGAUUUUUGGAACAAUUAAUAGAGUAUGGGAAUUCUGGUGCUGCAACAAAAGUUCGACGUGAAAUAAUCGCAUGUUAUGGUGAGUGGCCAAAAGAAAAAAUGGAUGCUGAUAUUGCUGUACUAACAGAACUGCUACUUAAACCUGAGCAUGCUACCUGUAUUGGUGCAAGUGGUGGUUUCACAUUGCCGGAUGACAUCACAGAUUAUAAUUAUGAUAAUAAUAACAACAAUCAACAAACAUCUCUUGAUAAUUCUUUAAAUCAACAAAAUUCACAAAAAAAUAAUAUGAAACCGACUAGUUAUACAAUCUAUCCAAAUAAACCAUUACAUAUACGAAGAAUACUUGCACAGAGUGAAGAUAAUAAUCAAGCAUCGUCAUCAUCAUCAUCAUCAAUGUAA